CACGUCGUACCGCUUGUUUCUCUGACUGGACGUGAAUCGGCAAGAUGGUGUCUCAGGGCGUUCAGAUGAUCGGCAUCUCGUUGGCCACGGUGGGCUGCUUCCUGGUCAUUGUGGUGUGCGCGUUACCCAUGUGGAAGGUGACGGCCUUCGUGGGUGCCAAUAUCAUUACGGCGCAGACCGUCUGGCAGGGCCUGUGGAUGAACUGCGUGGUGCAGAGCACGGGCCAGAUGCAGUGCAAGGUCUACGACUCGAUGCUGGCGCUGGCGCGGGACCUGCAGGCCGCCCGGGCAAUGACCAUCAUCUCCAUCCUGACCGGGAUUUUCGGCGUGAUGCUGUCAAUCGUGGGCGGGAAGUGCACCAACUGCAUCGAGGAGGAGGCCUCCAAGGCCAGGGCAUGCAUCCUGGCCGGGGUCCUGUUCAUCGUUUCCGGGCUCCUGUGCCUCAUUCCCGUCUCGUGGUCGGCCAACGCCAUCGUCACCGACUUCUACAACCCUCUGGUCAUCCAGGCCCAGCUACGCAGCUUCUUCGCCAUGGGGAAGAUCGGCAAGGAGACUGCGGGUCAGGUCAUCGGCUUCAUCGGGCUGGUGGGGGUGGCGGUGACCACCGGCAUCCCCAUGUGGAGGGUCACCACCUUCAUCGGCGCCAACAUCGUGACGGGCCAGAUCGUGUGGGACGGCCUAUGGAUGAACUGCGUGAUGCAGAGCACGGGCCAGAUGCAGUGUCGACUCAACGAGUCAGUGAUGAGGCUGACUCCGGACCUGCAGGCGGCCCGAGCGCUGGUCAUCAUCUCGCUGGUCUUCGGCUUCAUCGGCUUCAUGAUCACUUUCAUCGGAGCCGAGUGCACCAGCUGCCUGAAUAAGGAGACCUCCAAGGCCCAGGUGGUGAUCAUCGGCGGCUGCCUGCUCAUCCUGGCCGCCGUCCUGGUCCUGAUCCCGGUCACGUGGUCGGCCACCAUCACCAUCACCGACUUCCAGAACCCCUUGACCAUCGACGAGCAGAGGAGGGAGAUCGGGGCGGCCAUCUACAUUGGCUGGGGGUCCACCGCCAUCCUCCUGGUAGGCGGCAUCAUCCUCACCACCUCGUGCCCGCCUCAGAGACCCGUGUACGGAUACCCCGGCUCCCAAGCGGCAUACCCCUACGCCAACGGUUCCACGUAUGCCCCUGUUUACGCGCCGGCCUCCAGCCAGCCUUACACGCCGAGUGGCUCGUACUAUCCCGCCAAGCCGUAUGCGGCGCCUACCGGAUACUCGCCACGACAGUACAUUUAAUCCGGGACCCGCAAAGAGACUGCAGUCUGGAUCUUUCUUGUCCUGCUUACACUAACUAUCAAAACAGCACACACUGAAGAUGGUAUGUAUUGUACUGCAAAAUGACUGGAAUGUCGCAUUAUUGUGAAAAGGGGUGGAAAUCUUCAGCAAAUUUCUUUGGAAAGUUAAGAUGGGAGAUAUUUGAAAUAUUCUAAAUUGGACACUUCCAAUGGGGAUUAACUGUGAAUUGGAAAGGUAUCAUAUUCAAGCAUAAUUAUAAACAUUUACUUUUGUCAUGAGCAGACAACCAUGCAAAAAUGAAUGGCUCUCCUUGCCCACAUGCGAGGGCAUUACUGUACCUUAAUUCCUCCAUUUUUGUUUGACUUCACUAUGGUGGCAGCGUAUCCAAAGCUUGCUCAUACUUCAACUUUUGCCUCACAUUGCAAAGCAAAAAAAGUAGCGGCUUGUAACUCAAAACACCCAUACGUUGGAGCACUCGUAAGUCAAGGUAAUACUGUAAUUGCAAGAAAUCUGCCCACAAACAUCAAUUUUGCAAAUUUUUGGUUUAUUCACGUUAAUUCACAUGAAUAGUUUCCAAAUUUUAAAAUUUCCAGAAUUUUGAAACCCAACGUGUGUCCAUUAACACUCACAGUCACACCUAUGGACAAUUUACAAGUCUUCAAUGAACCUAACAUGCAUGUUUUGGAAGUGUGGUAUCGGCAACAUGCCCGUUUGCACUGGAGUCUAACAUUAUUGUGUAAUUCUUUUUUUUUUUUUUUUUGGGUACUCAUGAUAUGUUGAUUUUGUGUAAAUGACUUGGAAUGUGUUAAUAAAAUAUUUGAGUGAACAACAGGCCUCUU